UGGAUCUCUGCCGUCGGCCGCACAUUCCCUUCGCUAUGGAAAGGAUGUCGCGAGCAGAGCCAAGAAGAAUCCCGAAACCAGAGAUGGAGAAACGAAGAAGAGACCGAAUCAACCACAGCCUGGAGACCCUGAGACUGUUGCUGCUGGAAAACACCAAUGAUGAGAAACUGCGGAAUCCCAAAGUGGAGAAGGCAGAAAUCCUAGAGAGCGUGGUGGAGUUCCUGAAGGCUGAGCAGGAAGGAGCAGAGCAAUGUGCCUGUCAGCCAAAAACACCCAGAAGGGCAAGUGAUCGUUCAGCUCAGGAAAAAGAGAUAACAGAAACCCCCGAAUACAGAGUGGGCAUAUGCCAGUGUCUGUGGCAUGUGGGGAACUUCAUUGCAUUGAAGAAUCGAGAACAUGGAAGACUGGCUGUGGAGAAAGGCCUAAGUCUCCAGAAGCUGUCCAGGCCCCUGCCCCCCUCAUCCUCCAUAAUCUUGGGAGAAAUGUGCAGCCCUCCGAAACACUGGCAGCUGUCCAAGUGCAGGAGGCAGCCAGCUACUUGUCCUAAGCAGGACUGCAGAUUCAGGCCACUCACCAACCAUAUCCUGGCUCUGGGUCCUCCAAAGAGUGAGGGCCCUUUGCUCAUUCCCCCACGCCCUGAGGCCACAUCUAACACCAUAGUAUGGAGGCCGUGGUCCCAGUAGAGAAGGGUGACUCACUGGGACUCUGGGUCUUGGUCGCUGUGCUUCCACUGGCACCGCAGAUGAUUAUUGAAGUUGUGAGCUAUGAUCUAAAUUCUCCUUUUUGUUUUCCGGGAGUGUGCAAUAUGUGUCUAUGUGUAGUGUAAAUUUGCACUAUUUUGGGUUUUGGGCACUGAACAACCAUUCACUCAUGUUCCCACAUGCAUGUUGUAUUCAAUACAUGCAUAUAGUGCCAGUGUAAAGUCUGAGUACACUUGCAAGUGAUUUUUUUUUUUUUUUUCCUCCCCUCCCCCACGCAGUAUUCGGUUGAGCUGAAAAUCAGCCAAU